AUGGGUGAUCCAGUAACACACCACGACAUCGUCGUCCUCGGCGCCGGUCUUUCUGGUAUCAACACCGCCCACAUUCUCGACCAGAAGCUCCCCCACCGUUCGUACACGAUCCUCGAGGCGCAAUCAGCAAUUGGCGGAACAUGGCGCUUCUUCCAGUACCCAGGUUUCCGUUCCGACUCGUUCAUGGCCGCGUUUGGUCUACCGUGGCAUCCUUGGAAACAUGAUCAUAAGAUGGCUCAGGCUAGCGAGAUUGUGGAUUAUCUUGAGGAGGCUGUCGAUGCGGCUGGUAUAAGGAACCGUAUCCAAUUCCGCCAUAAGAUGGUGGCGUGUGAAUGGCGGACCGAUGAGCAACAAUGGAGACUGGAGAUUGAUGCGGAUGGCCAGCGAAAGAUCUUUACUGCCAACUUUGUUAUCAGUUGCCUGGGAUAUUAUUCCUACGACAAGGCUUUCCAAACCACUAUUCCAGGUAUCGAGGAUUUCGGAGGGGUCGUUGCGCAUCCUCAAUGGUGGCCGAAAGACCUCGACUACUCCGAUAAACGGGUUAUUGUCAUCGGAUCUGGGGCCACAGCCAUCACCGUUGUCCCAUCACUCGCCGAGAAGGCCGGCAUGGUGACUAUGCUUCAACGUAGCCCAUCCUUUGUCAUCUCUCGGCCCAUAACCUCUAUUCUCGGCUCCUGCCUGCGCUUCCUUCUUCCCUGGUCGCUCGCGUAUUGGCUCAUAUACUGGAAAGACGUUGUGAUGGAGCUUAUAGGCACCCAGGUUCUCCUAAACUUUCCUGGCCUAGGCCGCAAGCUUUUGAUGGAGGGGAUGCGGGCGGAAUUGCCGAAGGACAUCGACGUCGACGUUCACUUCAACCCCAGUUACAACCCCUUUGAGCAAAGACUAUGUAUGUGUCCGAAUGGAGAUUUUUUCAAGGCUUUGCAUCGAGACAACUGCGAUAUUGUGACGGACACUAUCGAGACAGUCACGAAAGAUGGUAUUCUUCUCAAGUCUGGCCGCAAGCUUGAAGCUGAUGUCAUCGUAACUGCAACUGGCUUAUACUUUCAGCUAUUUGGCGGCAUAACUCCGUUAGUAGACGGUCAGCCCAUCGACGUCGGCACACAUUACACAUGGCGCGGCUGCAUGAUGGACUCUCUUCCCAACAUGGGCUUCGUAAUGGGUUACGUGACAACAUCAUGGACGCCUGGCGCAGAUCUGACAGCCAAGAUAUUGACAAACGUCGUCAAAGGGAUGGAGAAAACGGGAUCAACGAGCGUGAUGCCUGUUCUUGACGCUAAGGAGAAGACCAAGCCGCAGAAGUUACCCGUCAACGCCACAAGUAGCUACUUCGUCAAGGCUGCGGACCGCAUGCCCAAGGUGACUGGCGAUGGCCCUUGGUAUGGAAGAGUGAACUUGGCUAAGGAUUGGUGGGCGUGGAUGACGGGAGAUGUAAGCAGUGGACUUCUCUACAGCGGGGGAUUGAGAAAGAAAGACAUUUAG